CCAACACUCAGCUCCUUUUCUACUUAUAUAUUCGUAUAUCACUGAACAAACAGCAAACCUCGUGUCAACUCACAUUACAUCCUCAAAUUCCCAUCCCCCACACCGCUGCAGCAAAUUAUUGCCCAAAUCGCUUUCGAUCCGCCCUCCUCCACCGAACAACAAUAUACUGCCAUGAGCGCAAAGUCCUCAACAGGCCCCGAUGCAUGGGCGGAAAAUUGGGAAGAACAGGCUGAUAAACUCGUGGCCGACACCACCCCACCCCCGGCGGCGGAAAAGAAAGUCUCCUCCAAAGUGACCAAAGCGCAGCGCAGAGCCCAACAGGCUGAGUUCAAUCGACAAUUAUGGGCGGAAGCCGAAUCUCCUCAGACAUUCCAUUUCCUCGAAGCGCGCUCCGAUGUGCCCCUACGCCAAGAAUUCAAGCCCGCAGUUACAGUACUCAGUCGGAAUCCUCAGAUAGCGACGCGCGGUUCCGGGCUGAAUGGGGCCACGGCGGGAAUGUCCCGUUUGGGGCUGAAUGAUGACGACUCGGAGGAUGACGGCAGGGCUGCUCUGCCCUCCGCCGAGGAACGCCAAGCGAUGGCGCUGCGCAAUUUGGAGGACAGGCAGCGCAAAUACGAAGAGGUGCGAGAGCGCCUGUUCGGCAGUCCCUCCGCUCCCACAUCGGGGGCGUCGUCCCCGCGCAGUGCCACGCCUCCGACGAAACCGUACGAGGGACGCGGAAAAGGUAGAGGUCGUGGUAAUGGACGGGACAACAGCUCCAACAGCAGCAAACGCGACUCUUCAGCGGCGUCCGGGAAAUCCGGGCAGCUGUAUGACCCGGACUCUCCUCGAACGAAUCCCGGCUACAAUUCUCGGAGAGAGAAACAGCCCGCAGGUCGGACUAAUACCGACGGUACCCAGUCGCCCCGACAGCCAAUCCGCAGCCCCCGGGGACCCGAUAGCAGUGGUCGAGGUGGUUUCCGAGGUGGUUUUCGAGGGGGUCGA